CUCAGCUGCGUGUGGAACCACUGCUCAGCAGCCCAGUCAGCCAUUCGUGAUUAGUGGUGACGGAUCUCCUGCCUCUCCCAGGCACUGUGAUGACCUUGUUCGAUGGCUCCUUCCCCUUCUACCCCAACACCAGGACACCUUUCCCCUUUAACACGACCUUGGUCCUGAUCAUCUCGGUGUUCCUCAACGUGUUGGCCAUGUUCAUUCUCAUCCUGCCUGGAAUCCGGGGCAAAGGGAGGUUCUUCUGGCUCCUGCGAGUGAUCACCAGCCUCUUCAUUGGAGCAGUAAUUCUCAGUGUUAACUUCACCAGGGACUGGGAGAUUGGCUGGGUCACGGCAAACACCUCCUACAAAUCCUUCAGCCGCGCCAUGGUGAACGCAGAAAUUGGUCUGCAUAUCGGCUUGGCAGGGGUCAACAUCACGCUAGUGGGAAACCCAGUGAAUCAGAUCAACGAAACCAUCAACUACAACGAACAUUUUGCCUGGCACUUGGGAGCAGACUACACCUGCAUCUACGCAGACAGCCUGGCGAAGGGGCUGCCCAGCCCCAUCCUAUAUGUGGCAGAGAAGUUUAGCAAGCACAGCCCAUGUGGCGUGCACAGCCAGUACAGGAUCUCCGGCCACUAUACCUCUGUCACUCUGUGGUUGGCCUUCUGCACCUGGCUGAUUUCCAACAUGCUGUUCUCCAUGCCAAUCCUGCUGUAUGGAAGCUACAUGAUCCUGUUCACGGCAGCGCUGCUGAUCUGCUCACUGCUCUUCUUCUCUGUUGCGAGGAACUCCCCGAUGUGCACCAUCCGGUUCGGUCCAGCCUCCUUGCAGACUGUCUAUGGGGCAUCCUUCUGGCUCACGCUAGCAACAGAAGCAUCAGUGGGAGGGUUUCCCAGGAAAAGUACAAUCGUCAUGGCCAGGACUAAGACUUGGAUCCUGGCCUUGGUUGGGUGGCUCCUCUCUGGGACGUGGAGCGUAGUGGGUGCUCAAGAGAACGUUCACUGGGAAGUACAGCGCUACGAUGGCUGGUACAACAACCUCCUGUACCACAACCAUGGCUCUGCAGGUUCCAAGCUGCUGCGUCUCCUGCCAGCUAACUAUGCCGAUGGCGUGUACGAGCCCCUGCAGGAGCCACACGUACCCAACGCUCGCAGGCUCAGCAACGUGGCUGCGCGGGGGCCCUCCGGGCUGGCCUCCCGCAGGAACAGAACCGUGCUGGGUGUCUUCUUUGGUUUCCAUGUGCUCUCGGAGAUCAUGGCGGUGGAGAAUCCCGGUUGCCCUGCUCAAUUCAUAAACAUCCGCAUCCCUGCGGGAGACCCCGUGUUUGACCCUGACAAUGCUGGAGACGUGGUCCUACCCUUUCAGCGCAGCAAGUGGGCUGUGGAGACAGGGCAGAGCCCCAACAACCCCCGAGAACAGAUAAACAUGGUGACAGGCUGGCUUGAUGGAAGUGCCAUUUAUGGCCCUUCCCAUUCCUGGAGUGAUGCCUUGAGGAGUUUCUCUGGUGGGAAGCUGGCUUCUGAGACUAAAGAGAGCUUCCCAAAGCAGACGGACGGGAGAAACUUCAUGUGGAAGGCUCUGGACCCGUCAACAGGAAAGGGGGGCUCUGAAGGGAUUUAUGAUUUUGGGAAUGCCAGAGGAAACGAGAACCUUUUCCUGCAGGCCGAGAGCAUCGCCUGGUUCCGCUACCACAAUCACUGGGCCUUGAAGCUGGCCCAGAAGAACCCCAGCUGGUCGGACGAGGACGUGUUCCAGCACGCGCGCAAAUGGGUUGUUGCUACCUACCAGAAUAUCGUUCUGUACGAGUGGCUGCCGACAUUCCUACAGAAAACCAUCCCGUCGUACCCAGGUUACAAGCAGCAUGUGGAUCCCAGCAUCUCCACCGAGUUCCUGGCUGCCAUGGGGCACUCCCUGGCGACCAUGGUGCCCCCUGGAGUCUACAGGAGAAACAAGAACUGCAAUUUCCAGGAAGUGCUCAACCAAGACAACAGCAAGUCGCCGGCCUUCCGACUCUGCAACAACUACUGGUGCAGAAAGAACCCCAAUGACCGGACGGCGCAGGAUGUGGACGACCUGCUGCUGGGGAUGAGCUCCCAGAUCGCAGAGCUGGAGGACAACGUGGUGGUGGAGGAUCUCAGAGAUUACUGGUAUGGGCCCCUGAAGUACUCUCGCACCGACUACGUGGCCAGCUACAUCCAGCGGGGGCGAGACCUCGGCCUAUCCACCUAUGCCAAGGCCAGGGAGCUCUUUGACUUAAAGCCUGACAUGAACUGGUCACUUUUCGCCCACGUGGACAAAGAGGUCCUUGGGAAUGUAUCUGCCUUAUACGACAAUGACAUCUCCAAGCUGGAACUCCUGCCGGGGGGCAUGCUGGAGAGCAACGGAGACCCUGGAGACCUCUUCACCGCCAUCAUCUUGGACCAGUUUACGCGCCUGCGUGAUGGGGACAGGUUUUGGUUCGAAAACACUAAGAACAGGUUAUUCACAGAUGAUGAAAUUAGAGAGAUUAAAAAGACCACAUUCCGUGAUGUCCUUCUUAGUGUCACCUAUGCGGAGCCGACAGAUGUCCCAAAGCAGGUGUUUAACUGGAGUGCUAGUGAGUCGGAUCCAUGUCCUCAGCCCCAGCAGUUGACUGUGGAAAAGCUGGCAAACUGCACACCCAUGACAGUGCUGGACUAUUUUGAAGGCAGCGGAGCUGGAUUUGGGCUUAUCCUCGUCGCCCUCUGCUGUUUUCCUUUAGUGAGUUUAUUCGUUGCCUGGAUCGUCGCUACUUUCCGCAAGCGCGAUUUCAAGAGGCUGCAGAGAAAAGCGAACCCCAGCAUGAGGAGAGAGGUGUCGGGCGAGGGAGUGCAGGCCUUGGAGUGGCUAGGUCCCAAGACAGACAGCAGUCUCAUCUACCUUCAGCUGCAUCCAGACAGGAUUAUCAAAGUGCUGGACAGCCGGCGAGCCGUGCUCCGCAGCAUCAGUCUGAAAAACCAACAGCAGGUGGACAUGGUCCUCUCCAUCAACAAAGGAAACAAAGCUUUGCUCCUGAAGAUUCCCAAAGAGUAUGACCUGGUGUUGCUUUUUAAUGGUGAGGCGGAGCGAAGUGACUUUGUCCGGAAGCUGACCGACUACUUGGAGAGGAACGGACUGUCUCUCAACGUGUCUGACCUGACGGAACGCAGCCUGCUGAAGAGGGCUGUGACCAAAGAGCAGAGGAAGCAGAUCCUGGAGACUUUCUUCAGACAUUUAUUUGCUCAGGUGCUGGACAUUGACAAGUUGGAUGCCGGAGAUCUCAACUCUGAAACAUCACUGACACCAAAAGAAUCUCUCAAGUGUGAGCUGAGCCGAGCUGAGUUUGCAGAGUCGCUGGGGCUCAAACCGCAGUCCAUGUUUGUGGAGUCCAUGUUCUCGCUUGCUGACAAAGAUGGCAAUGGAUAUCUCUCCUUCCGAGAGUUUCUGGACAUCUUGGUGGUCUUCAUGAAAGGGUCCCCAGAGGAGAAGUCAAAGCUGAUGUUCACCAUGUACGACGUUGACGGGAAUGGCUUCCUCUCCAAGGAAGAGCUCUUCAGGAUGCUGAGGUCCUUCAUCGAGAUCUCCAACAACUGCCUCUCGGGCGAGCAGAUGGAGCAGGUGAUUGCGUCCAUGUUCCAAGCAUCGGGCUUUCAGGAUAAGCAGGAGCUGACAUGGGAGGAUUUUCAUUACAUGUUGCGAGACCAUGACAGCGAGCUGCGCUUCACCCAACUCUGCAUCAAAGGAGUUCCUGACGUGUUCAGGCAAAACAUGAGCAACCGUGUCUCCUUCAUAAACCGGGCCAAUGCCAAUGGGGCAACAUCUCGCCAGCCACAUUUAUACACCGAGGCCCAAAGGACAAAAUAUGAGCGGAGCAAAGUUCACCAGAAGAUCCAGCAGUUCAAGCGUUUCAUCGAGAAUUACAGACGCCACAUUGCCUGCGUGGUUCUGUUCUCCGCCAUCACUGCCGGCGUGUUUGCGGAGAGAGCAUAUUACUAUGCAUUUGCAUCGCCAGCAACAGGAAUUGCAGACACCACCUACGUGGGCAUCGUCAUCUCCCGGGGGGCGGCAGCCAGCAUCUCCUUCAUGUACUCCUACAUCCUGCUCACCAUGUGCCGCAACCUCAUCACCUUCCUGCGCGAAACCUUCCUCAACCGCUACAUCCCCUUUGACGCCGCCGUGGACUUCCAUCGCUGGCUCGCUAUGGCGGCCCUGAUCUUUUCAAUUCUCCACACCGGGGGCCAUGUAGUGAAUGUCUAUAUCUUCUCGGUCAGCCCACUCAGCAUCCUGUCCUGCCUCUUCUCCAAUGUCUUCGUGGAUGAUGGGUCACAGCUGCCCCAGAAGUACUACUGGUGGUUCUUUGAGACCAUCCCAGGCAUGACCGGGGUGCUGCUGCUGGUGAUUCUGGCAGUGAUGUAUGUGUUUGCCUCCCACCACUUCCGGCGCAUCAGCUUCCGGGGGUUCUGGAUCACGCACCACCUCUACGUGCUGCUCUACAUCAUGGUCAUUAUCCAUGGCAGCUACGGCCUGGUCCAGCAGCCCCGCUUCCACAUCUAUUUCAUCAUCCCAGCUCUCAUCUACGGGGCAGAUAAGCUGAUCAGCCUGAGCAGGAAGAAGGUGGAGAUGAGUGUGCUGAAAGCUGAGCUCCUUCCUUCAGGCGUUACUUAUCUCAAGUUCCAGCGGCCACAGGAUUUUGAUUACAAGUCCGGGCAGUGGGUGCGAAUUGCCUGCCUGUCGCUGGGGACAAAUGAAUACCACCCCUUCACCCUGACCUCUGCACCCCACGAGGACGCGCUGAGCCUGCAUAUCCGAGCUGCAGGCCCCUGGACCACCCGGCUGCGGGAGCUGUACUCUCCUGAGAUUGUGGCUGAAAUCGGCAGAUAUCCCAAGCUCUAUCUGGACGGGCCGUUCGGCGAGGGCCACCAAGAGUGGAACAAGUUUGAAGUCUCUGUGCUGGUGGGAGGAGGCAUCGGGGUGACUCCUUUCGCCUCCAUCCUCAAAGACCUGGUCUUCAAGUCCUCGGUCAGCUCCAAGAUGCCGUGCAAGAAGAUCUAUUUCAUCUGGGUGACACGGACCCAGCGGCAGUUCGAGUGGCUGGCUGACAUCAUCCGCGAGGUGGAGGAGAACGACCGGCACGACCUGGUGUCUGUGCACAUCUAUAUCACCCAGCUGGCUGAGAAGUUCGACCUGCGCACCACCAUGCUGUACAUCUGCGAGCGGCAUUUCCAGAAGGUGCUGAACCGGAGCCUGUUCACAGGGCUGCGCUCCAUCACGCACUUCGGGCGGCCCCCCUUUGUGCCCUUCUUCAAGUCCCUGCAGGAGGUGCAUCCCCAGGUGUGGAAGAUUGGAGUGUUCAGCUGCGGCCCCCCGGGGAUGACCAAGAAUGUGGAGCAAGCCUGUCAGCAGAUCAACAAACUGGACCAGACCUACUUUGUGCAUCACUAUGAGAACUUCUAACCCCUCUACACCCCCACAGACGCACAGCCCUGCCCCAGCGUGAGCACUGCUCCCUGGGCUGUGAUGGGGCCAGCUGCUCUGUG